ACAUUGAACCAUCCCAUCGUUUUAUACUCGUUUCACGUAUGUUCAUAUAAAAGAGUCCGUCACUGUUCCACAAAGCACAAUUCACAGUUCUACCUUCCGACUGACCAACCGAUCGUCCGACCGUCUUCGACUAAACUCAUCUAACCAUGAAGCAUUUUACUGCUGUAGCCGUUGUGUUCGCUCUGGCAGCCGUGACGUUGUCGAACUGUGCGCCAAACGAAAUUCUCGAAAAUGACGGACAGUACCAUCCCGAACUUUGGGCCGAACGCGAUGAACCCAACACCGAUGACUACGGUUCCCAACAGCAAGUCCAACCGGCCGUAAUCGUGCCAACCAUCCGAAGCGGCGGUCAAUCGGCAUGGCAACAAGCCUACCAGCCGAUACCGGUCGUGUCGCACCAGAACUUCCAACAAGUCGUGGCUGAAGACGGCACCCUCAAAGGUCAGUACUCGUACACGGACCCGGCAGGUAGAUCCAUCACUGUUAAGUACGUGGCCGGACCAUCCCCGCUGCAAGCAGACUACCCGUCGUCCAAAUGAACACUCUAAUCCGCGAACCGCAAUAUGUAAUAUAAAUAUCAUAGAUAGUAAUUAUCACUAGUUGUUUCGAUCGAUAUUUUUCGUCGAAAGCAAAAUAAAUAACAACAAUAUGUUUAUGAAUAUUUUUUUUAUUAAGACUAGUAUAUAUUAAUAAAAACAUUGACUAGAGAACAAUAG